CACAUUUCUGAACCGAGCUAUGCACCCAGUGAACGAGCCGGCUCUCAGACACCUGGACGUCGGGCUACCUCUGCUAAUAUUGAUUCCAGCGAUGAAGAUUUUGUGGCUUCCGAAGAGGGUGAAUCUGCAGCAAACGCUGCCGCUGGAGGAACUCCAGGUGCAAUCGUUAAACGUCGGCGUACUCUUGGCAGCAGUUCCACGGGUGUUAGCAAUGGGAGUGCUGCUACAGAUGCUUCUUCCUUAGCCCCACCAGUAUUACCUUGCUCCAUCGCCACCAGUGGUUUAAGCUUUUCCACCGCUCGCCGUGGACGGCCGCUUCGGCAAUCUAGUCUGCGUGCUAGACAGUUCGUCAUAGAUAAGGUAGAAGAAAUGGCAGCUGCUGAUUACGAGGAUUAUGACGUUGACUCCGGAAUGGAAACGACUAGUUCAAACUUUUUGGGAGCAACAGGCCACGCGAGACCUGAGGUGUUAGAAAUUAGCACGAAGCAGGACAAUAGCUCCAUUUUAAUGGCGCAGGCAGAGUAUGAAGAUGAGACGAUUGUUGGAUCCGAAGAUGUGACGCCCGUGUCAGACCAGCAACGAAGAUCUUCAAGCCAGUCAUCAGCAAUAGCUAUUAAGAGCCUCUCAUCGCUGGGAGAGGACGAACAUUAG